UGCAGUUGUUCUCCGUAAGCCUCUCACAAUGCCAACAUUCAACUCAAGUUUGACGUACUGGAUUGCAAAUGAGAUCUAUCCAACCGCAAUACUUUUGACCACUUCCGGAUCAGGUGGCGAUCGUCUGUUGUAUUACCAACCAGCUCCGCACAUACGUGACUCCACCGAACCAACUAAGCAAGAUCGUAAUGAUCCAAGAGGCGUCGUCAAUUUUCGAUCGAGGGAGCGCUCAGCUGUCUCACAAAGCACAACUUUGAGUGCUAACCCAAUCGGGAAUGAUAAAUCGGCAGAUGUUGCAUCCAACGAUCCCACUGGACAGAAUCCCUUCGCUUUACAUCUUAUCGCUGAUCGUACAUUCCAUGGUCCUGAGGCGGGUCUCUCUUCUGUGGGUGUUUACAGUGCAUCCAGUGUUCCUUCUUUUGCGAUCGGCGCUGAACGUGGCUCGAUUGCAGUCGCCCCAAGCAUCAUUACACCAACACAUGUCACCACCGGGCUUGCUCCGCCGAGUGCCACAACGAACAUCCUACCGGGCAGCACCGUCGGUGCCAACGUUAUGGAUGCUGAUGCUCCCUCUGACCCUGAGACCCGCAUGAUUCCUGUCCCUUUGGUUGGCGAAAAUGGACUGCCCACCAUUGCAGACUUCCCAGCGAAUCUGAUCCUUGGCUUGCUGCAUCAGCCGUUCCAAGGAUUGCGGCGCAGGAUCUACGUUAAGCUCGGUCGUCGAGUGUUCGUCGGAGUAGCGUUUAAUAUCGCUCCAACUUCAGAGGAGGCUGUUGAAUUACCAGAUCAUUCAUUCCAAACAACACCCGAUCCUUUGUCCAACCGUUCAAUGAUAAGCUUCUCUGUCGUGUUUAUGAUGGACGCGUCCGCCCCACCAUCGGUGUUAUCCCACUAUACGGAGUUGGCCUUAUUGACGGGUGCGCAAAUUCGUCGGGCAGAGCUUAUUUCAGACUAUCUCAGCCAGCAGCGUGAUUUAAUCGUCUCCGUGAUUGAGCGAGCAUCUUUUCGCUUGAACCAUGCUGAAAAUUAUCGCCCUACUGUCCGAGAGUCUAGCAAUUUUCGUCGUUCUUUCCGAUGGUCUUCACAGCUAGGGGUUCCGCCCACAAGCAACUUACUGCUUCCCCGUGGACCGGUUGGCCUGAAACCAACGUCCAAAUGUGCUUCGAUCACCUUGUUGCAACAGUGUUCUGACGCUGAACCGAAUGUGACGACGACGUCUGCCACCGAUGUCGACGACGGCGAAGAACAGAUACACGAACAAUUGGCCACUGCUUCGCCUUUGUGCUCCGUUCUAAAGACGAUACUGAAUUCAGUUUGUUCCACGGGUCAUGUCAAUGUGAUGAUCAACCACAUCCUUCCAAUCUACUUUUCAUUGCCUCAUAGGGCAUAUUGCUUGGUCUCUGAGCCGACUUUUUCCUUCUCCGCAAUAUCACCUUCCGCCGUAUGGAGAGCGAUGGAUAAAAUCAGACCUUACCAUACUCUUUUGCUUCUUUCGCGUAAACGACAUUUAUUGGCUCAACUUCCGACGGACGGGAACUCUAGUUUCCGCGAUUUCAUCCAUCAACUGUCGCCUACAAUCAACCUGCGGGAUUUAUCUGUACGAAUGCAGUCACAGGCACAUUGCCUGAUGUCUGCCCUUUGGUUUGUUUAUCAGGGCUUUGCCAUCAUCAUAUAUCCGAUCGCGUCGUCCAACAGCUACGUUCUCUCUCCAUUCUACGCGGCUUGGUUCGAACCCUCACUGAUAGCCCAAUUCGCCACCACAUUCCCCAAGGUGAACUUGGCUCAGAUGAGCAUUCGGCGAAUGGUGUUGGUUUUGGCGUCUUUUUCUAUCGGGCUCACACUGAAAGAACAGUUUGGUUUCCGGGACACCGAUGACAGUGAAGAUAAAGAUACCGGAAAUAAACAGACUCAGCAUCUCACCGUAGAUGGCUCGGACGAAUUCUGGUCGAAUAUGUCUCAAGCCGCUCGAGUCGAGCUUGUUGCAUGGCUCCUCAGACGCCGACUAAUUAUACAGGUACAUAUCUACGUAUUCUGCGCGCUGGUACCUGGAGGGCUUAUCAAUGCCACCAAAUGUGCAACUGACACUGACGAAGCUCACACAUCUGAUGCAGUCCCACGCACGAACACAGUUUCUACGCGUUCAUCAACGACCAUUACUACUACGAACGGCACCGCUCCACUAUCGGUCGAAUCCACCAGUUAUUUACCUUCAUACUCCAAUGUGGGCAGGAUGGAAGUAACUUCGGCUCCAUCUCCCCCAGGAAUUCCAAAGGAUAUCAUCCGUGAAUUAAGAGAUCAGUUUCCGCCCCAUACAAGGCAGUCGGCUGUUGAUACUGUGCUAAGGCACCCGGGCGCCACUCGAAAUCUUGCUAUGCUGCGUCUCUUCGUCCGAAUUCUGUCACAUCUCCCAGCUCACUUGGAAGAGUUGAUGUUUUCGCAAUCUGUCACUCGGUCCACUUUAAUCGAAUGCAUCGACAGGUUUUCUCCGUUGUUGCUGACUGCCAGGUUGCCCGAUCCUGUGACCGCCUGUUUUGCUGGUAUCGAUUGGCCCGGAUAAGGGUGAACUUGUCUCCCUUUUCCACCUGUUAUCAUUUGCGAUUGCUUUGUCUUUCCAAAAAAACAUCACCGUGUUUGCGUUAGGUUAUCUAUGCACAGCCGUUUAUCAGAUAAGUUGCACUCAAAUUUCAAAUAUGUCCUUUUUUACUUAUCUCAGCUGUUGCGAGGUUUUCCUUCGCGUUCUGUCAUCUACUUAUCAUUUAUGCUUUGUGAAUAAAAUGUUCUACUGC